AACUUUUGCUACCGAGUAUGAUAAGGGAUUGGCUUAUGAAGCAAACGUCCCGGAAGCUUGUGAUGAUACCAAAUCACUGCGGACGAAGAUCGGCUGUAGAAACAAAGAUAAUCAAAUAAUUUCAACUGGGAGGUCGUUAAAAGGCUUCACAACUCCUGUAUAUCUCCAGUUCCUCGAUACUCCUCGGAAGCUUUCACUCUACUCAAAAGAAACCGGAAUGCCCUGCAUGAUAUGGAAACUUAAAUGUUAAAAAUUCUCUUGUCGCUAAGCUCAGACGGAGAGGAAAUCAUGAAUGAUAUAAUAAGAAAUGAACAACACCUAGCCCAGACUGAGGAGGAGACAAAUAUAGAGGAGACCGAUCAACAGGAACUAUCACCUCUAAAACAGCUGGCACCAAAGAUACUGAAGAGAAAAAAAUCUUUAACAACCAAAUAAGGAUAGCACGCCUUAAGUUCUAUAUGCACAUCUUAGGAGGAGGAAAGAAAAUUAUACUGAGAACAGCGCUCAAAUACAGAAUCGAUGAACCAAAGAAAUUAGGAAGACCUACUUUCAACUGGCGUACAAUGAUCAGACAAGUUAUUGAAAGAAGCGGCAUUAAUGCAGAUCAGUGGAAAAAUUGGGCGCUUGACAAGAAAAAGUUGAAAAGAGAAGUGAAGAAUUUGAUAAAUACCAUGGUGGAAUGGGAUUAUGAAGUGUGCAGUGCUUCGGAAGAGGACAGUGAACUGGAUAUGCUACCAUUGGAGCUUGAAGGAAUUGAUGAGGAAAACCAGGGGUACAUUGGUUUCGAAAAAUUGUAACCAUCAAGCAUUGUUGCGGGAGUGGAGCUGGACGAUCAAAAAACGGUAACAUAACUACAUUUAAAAAAUCUAAUAUAACUUCUAGUGGUAAAAUUACUAUUUUUGAAUUUAACGCUCAUUAUAUCAAUGUAUAAACAAUCUUUUCUUCUCAUCUAAUGUGGGUGGGUUAUUUACGCUCUGAACAGGAAUGCACAAACAAACAAGUGGUAGGUAAACCUCAAAAUGUCAACAUACAUUUCUAGGUAAGAAAAAUGGUAUUAUAAAGCUAUUAUUACCCUAGAUAGAUAAGGAAAAAUUUACAUCUAAUACUGAUAAUGUAUUGACUUAUGGCCGAAUAUACUAGAUGACUUGACGUUACGCUCAACUAAUCUUUCAUAUCCUUUCCCGUCAAUCACCCCUUCUUCUCCUAUGAAGUGCAUGUCGUCCGCAUGGACCAGCUCAGUUAUUACCCAAACUAUCCACCUGACUACAGACCUAGGGGCAGAUCACUUGUGAUACAUUUUUAAAAAUCAGCGAAAUUCAAUGCAUUUCUUUCCAUCAAAAUAGAAAUUCAUUUUGCAUUGCGUGCAAUGUAUAUUCGCACUGAUGCAAGCUAGAUGGGCGCGUAACUUAACGCAUGGCUGAAAAGUCGCAAUGUGGAUUUGAGAAAAGAUUCGCAAUAAAACUAGCAAUCAUUUGGCUGCAAUUUUUGACACUUCGCUAGUCUGUGUAUAAAGUGUCAGUACACCUGACCGUCCCAGGACUCAUUUAACUAUAAAGUACGAUUCACACUAUACAGGCUUCCGUCACCGGUACUGAACGUCAAGAUUAGUUACAUGCAGAUAAAUGGAAGCAUUCACACACAACAUCAACGGCACGGAACAUUUUGACGUACGGCACGUGUGAAAGGGGAACAAGAGAAAAGUAUUAAAUUAUCCUGACUGAACGGUGACGUUGACGGAAGCUGAUGUAUCGUCUGAACCGUCCUUAACUGUUCCACUUGGUUUCGAAGAAAAAAUUGCCCACGCAAGAAAACUGGCGAUCCACUCAUUUGUCCGGUUUACUCAAACCUAGGGGUUGAUUCCUUAUUUCAAACAUGAGCAGUUCUUUGAAUCUGCAUGCCAAAUAAGUUCACAAGCGAACUGUUAUUCUGCUCGUUUGUCCGGUUUACUUACAGAUAAGGAUUGAUUCAUCUUACAAACAUGAGAAUGUCUUCGAGUCUAUAUAUCACUUAGCCCUUGGCUUUGUCGCAUAACCGAGACCAUGAAUCCGAGGCGGCGCAAAUCCGCUGAGGAUCCGCCGGGUGAGGUGGCCGCCGACCCGCCGUCGGAGGCGGAGGCCACUCCCAAGCAAACCUGUGAUCCACUCGUUUGCCCAGAUUACUCAAGCAUAGAGGCUAUGAAUUAGUUUAAGUCGGACGGAGCGGAGUGAUGUCGAACUGUACCAAACUUAAAGCGAUGUGGUGUAGCAAUAAUAGGCGUCAACGUCAAAUAUAACAGAAUUUGAUGUAUUGUGCCUUGCAGGAUAAUCGCUCGAUAUGCGAUUAUAUGAAAGCUCAAUUGAGAUAGGCGCGUGACAGCCGCCUAUAUAAAUUUAUAGGCAGCUUUUUCCUUGAAGUUUUCGAAAAGCACAUAAUAUGUUUCAAAUUAUGCCAAGCAACCAUUAUGCCAAACGAUGCGCGCCCUCGUGAAUUGACAGUAGCUGAUGUGUCAUAUCACGAAAACCUGACCGACCGAUUAAUCAAACGCCCCCGCAUUGAGUUUCUUUUUUACUAAUACUAUUUUCUCUUAUUUUCGAAGUUUCCUAGACUUUCUAUAACCAAGUGAACUGCAAAUGACCUUUAUGGUUAAAGCUACAAAUAAACAACCGAAGUAAAUGUUACGUACCAUCCUAAAACUCGCGUACCAGCGACAGAAAUCUCUGGCCCGAUGUUACGUUCGGCGAGCCCGGAACCCCGGUGUGGAGCGCCGGAUGGCACUGCUGAACAGCGACCAUCUACAGACCAGCGUUGACGAGCUGGAGCAAAUGGAUGAAGCAGAUUUCAGCCAAGUUCACAAAUCGCACAAACGGUACGAGCAGGAAACGCAGCAGUACCGGGAGCGACUUCAGUCGUGGAUCGUGGGUAAUAAAUACUUCAAGACGAAGCAGCUUAAUUUUUUGACCUGGUCGGAAAAGGAACAGAUCCGCUAUCUGCAUAAUUUCGAUCCGGAAGAGUGGACUGUCGACAAGCUGGUUGAGAGUUUUCCCGCGGAUCGAUAUACGAUUGUGAAAAUCAUCAAAGCUAAAUGGAUUCCACGAGAUGAAAAUAGAAUUCAGCGGCAUGAUGAAACUGUUCGGGAGAAUUGGGAGAUGUUAAAAUCUGGUAGAAUCAAGAACAUUGACGAUGGGUUCGCGGCUCACCUGAACAAAUUUGUGCAUCGUAAUUUUCAAGAAGUACAGAAACCUAAAAUUGAAUCGAAACGUUUGUACGAUAUUCAGCCGCUUCCAACGGGUGGAGAAUUCUCACAAAUAAUAACCAGUUGUAAAAAGUAUUCCAACACAAGUGAACGAACGGAAUUAAAGGAAAUCGGUGGGAUCGAGCAGGUAUCUGAACCUGCCCCUAGUAUAUCUAGUAAAGCACCUCACCAGGACAUGUUUUUAAUGGGAGAAGUGUCUGAUCGACGUCCAAGGACACUAAGUCAGAUGAAGAAAGAAUUUGGCCAACCCGACGUAACCAGUGAAAUUGAAGAUCCGAUUGCAUCCAGUGAAAUUACAGAGGAGAACAAUAACAUUUGGAAUGUGAAAAAGUACGAAUCGGAACUGACUUCAUACGAUGCCAGUGCUUCGAACAAUGAUAAACCAGACAUACGCGAAUUCAUAAAAAUCCCGAAAAAGUUGUAUAAGCAAGGGGCAACGUAUCAGCUGGAUGAUUGCUUCUACGAUGACGACGGUGAGUUCCUAUAUAGAGUGCCUGGAAUGACUGGAAAAGUAAACCGUUAG